AUGGCGACGACGAUCCCCAAUAAUCCGAGUUGCGAUCAGUACGUGUACUUAGCCAAGCUAUCUGAGCAAGCCGAGCGCUACGAGGAGAUGGUUCAGUUCAUGCAAAAGUUGGUCCUCGGCUCAACUCCAUUAGGGGAACUAACCGUCGAGGAAAGGAAUCUUCUCUCUGUCGCCUUAAAAAACGUGAUUGGAUCUCUACAUGCCGCGUGGAGAAUAGUCUCUUCGAUCGAGCAGAAAGAAGAAGGUCGGAAGAACGAGGAACACGUUCUGCUCGUCAAGGAGUAUAAAUCGAAGAUUGAAUCUGAGUUGUCGGAUGUUUGCGCUAGUAUCUUGACUUUAUUGGAAUCAAAUAUGAUCCCUUCUGCUACUGCCAGUGCCAAUGAGUCGAAGGUUUUCUAUUUCAAGAUGAAAGGAGAUUAUCAUCGUUAUUUGGCGAAGUUUAAGGCUGGUGAUGAGAGGAAAGUUGCUGCUAAGGAUACUAUGUUGUCUUACAAGGCAGCUCAGGAUAUUGCGUUGGCGGGUCUAGCACCAACGCACCUGAUUAGAUUGGGGCUAGCUCUGAAUUUCUCGGAGUUCUACUAUAAGAUUCUCAAUCAGUCUGAUAAAGCAUGUAGCAUGGCUAAACAGGCAUUCGAGGAAGCCAUUGUUGAGCUUAACACACUGGGAGAAGAGUCAUACAACGACAACACUCUCAUAAUGCAACUGCUAAGGGAUAAUCUUACUCUCUGGACUUCGGAUGUGCAGGACCAGUUAGAUGAGCCGUAGCAGGCGUGUUAAACCGGCAGUGGUCUUAUUCUUUAUCUGAAG